CCUCGGAUUCCUGAUAUGACGUUGCGCAGUGAUAUGCUUGCAUCUAGAGAGACUUUUGAGGCGAACCCUCCGAAGAAGCAGUUAUCCCCGGUCUAUCAGAAUGUCGAGGGCUUCGACGUCGUCCGCUGCAAAGCGAACGCUUACCAAUAUCUCGAAAGAUGAGAUAUACAGAUCUCAAUCUUUAGAACAAUCAUUGACGCCGCCAAAGACUCCCCCAGGAGAAGGGGGCCAAGUCAAAUUAUAUCACAAUUGGCCUGAGCCAGAUAUUGCAAUAGAGGAUGAUCCGGCGGCAAAACGCAGAAAAAUCGACAGAGGCAGAGCUGACCUUGUCGCGGCCGAGGAGUUCAACGUACUAGAGCAAGAUGUUCUACUUCUUCAUGGACCGAAGCAGAGAUACGCACACACAAAGAAACAUCCCGUCCCGAACUUGGAAAAUGAUAGAGAAAUGCUAGUAGCAGUCGAUGUGGUGGGCUUAAAUCCAAUCGACUGGAAGGCACCCGAUUUCGGAUUUGGACUUCCAGACCUGCCAUGUAUAAGCGGAAGAGAUCUCGCAGGCCGAGUUGUCAAAAGUCCGGCUGCACCCUCCCGAUUUCGUCGAGGGGAUAAGGUCAUGGCAAUUUCGACAGAUUAUCGAGACAACCGAAAGGCAGCAUACCAACAAUAUACCGUUGUCUCCGACUUCAAUGCUUGCAGACUUCCUCAACAUGUAUCUGCGGAACAAGCAGCCCCAUUAGGAGUUGCAUUUGUUGCAGCAGCCCUCUCUCUCGGUAUAUGUAUGGGAAUGAAUUUUGGACACUCGACGAAUGGAGUUCGCGGUCCCGAUAUACUUCGAAUUGUGCAAUCCUUAACUCGAGAAGCUCUACCAAAAGAUAUUCAGGCGGAAUGUUUCGACAGUAUCAAGGCAGGGGAGGGAGCGAAAGCUGGCGACUGGAUCGCGAUAUGGGGAGGAUCCUCUGCCUCUGGUUGUUGUGCUGUACAGCUUGCGAAGAUGGUAGGGCUCAAGGUGAUAGCCAUCAUAGAUGUUGCGAAGAACGGCGAACGUAUGCUCAAGCUUGGAGCAGACUUGCUUGUAGAUCGUUUGGAUUCGAACCGAGCUAUCGAGGUCGUAAAGGGCGUCACAAAGGGCAAACUGAGAUUUGGACUUGAUACAAGAGGCAAAGAAAGCGCAAAACUCCUUGCAGAAGCUAUGCAGACUGAGAGAGGAGAGAACGAGCCGAAAGCUCAUCUUGUAGGCUUGACUAGUCUGCCCAAGGAGCCUUCCAAUGGUGUUGUAUAUCACUCAGUGCCCAUCAAAGCAUUUCAUGAGGCUCCGCAGGUUGGGGAGGGCCUAAUGGUGUGGCUGGAAAGACUGCUGGACCAAGAUAUGCUGAUAACACCAGAUAUUGAGGUGGCAGAAGGUGGAUUGGAAGGUAUCAACGCAGCCCUAGAUAAGCUGCGUGAUGGGACGGUAAACGGGCCGCGGAUCGUUGUGCCCAUUUCAGCAUGAAAUCAAGACUCCGCUGUAUGCGCGGCAGAUUUGUAGAAUCAUAGAGCAUAGAACGAACAUACACCCGUCGAUAUGUUCGCGACGAUCCAAAAAGUUUACCUACAG